GUCAAGACGACAGUGGCCAUCUCCGAAGAGGGCAUGGUAUGGGUGUGGGGUGUGAACUAUGGCGUGAAGCGAUGCGGCGCCUGCUUCCCUGUGCCGGCCCUGGUCGAAAGUCUCCUGUCGCACUGCUUCGUGGCCGUUGCGGUUGGCGACGGCUUUUCCAUGCUUCUUACUGACAAGGGCGAGCUCUUUAACUGGGGUCUCGGCGACCGAGGCGUUCUUGGCAACGGAAGCAAUCGGAGGAACUAUGUGACAAUGGGAACGUACUACCUGCGCGACGACUGUCCGCCCCCCGUCUUGGAACCUGUUCAAGGCCACCUGAAGGGCAAAAAGGUGGUCCAGAUUUCUGCGCAAGACAAGAUGUGCUGCGCCCUCACCGACCAAGGCGAGGUCUACUACUGGGGCGACGGCUUCUACAUCCCGUAUUUGGCCAAGGAGCUGACCAGGCAAGGCCGCGGCGAUAAACGGACCCGCAUCACGCGCGUGUUCGCGGCGCCCCACAAGCGCCUGUUCGCCACCAUCGAUGAGACCUCUCCGUCGGCUCCGGCGCUCCCCGCCGACGCGGUCACCAACCGCGGGCUGGCACUCCGCGAAAAGCAGCUGCUCGCCUGGAAGACCACCUUCACCGUCAGUCGUCAAAAGUUUAUUCGCGGUGUUGAGAUCUCGGAGGGGCUGCGUUUCAAGUGGUCGCGGCCCAAUUUCAUCAGCCACAACAAGUGGAGCAUCGUUCUCUAUCACGAGAGCAAUCGAGAGCGCGACGUCGGGUACUGGCCGAUGACCGCCUUUGAAACCUUGGCGUGCAGUCUCACACCACAAUACCCAACGCGUCUGCGCAUUUUCGAAAUGCCAGAUGCCGACACCCAGAUGUGGCAUGGCGAAUGGCAAAGCGAAUCGAUCACCUUCCCGAAGGAGGGCAAGUACUACUUCGUCAUGGAGCGCUACCGUGAGCCCAUUUUCUCCAGCAACCACUACUUCAGGUCGAUUGUGGUGUCCGUUCGCUCGCUGGGAGCCGAGGAUUUCAUUGUAGACGCCCCUGCCUCCGCGCCGAUUGGAAAGCCCUUCACGAUCCGUUGGAAGAUCAGCGACGAGGCCCGUGGUGCCGAUUUUGGCCUGGUACUGGCCAAAACCGACGAGCAAGGUCGCCCCAAGUUCAAGGAGGACGACCCAGAAGUCCUGGACCUUGUCUUGGCCGAGACUAUCAACGCGGAAACGACCCGAAUGCAACCCGAGGGCGUGUGGGCAGCGUCGGGGUGGUACUAUGAGGGCCAGUACGCCUUGCUGGUCUACAGAUGGGGCGAAAAGAGAAUGUUCUCCUACCAGCCUUUCGCCAUCAAGGACGAGUUCAUAUCGGCCGAUGACGUGCUCAGCUUUGAAGUCUCGCCCACCACCAUCACCACUGGCCAACAGAUCACGCUCAAAUGGAACAUAAGGCCCGGCACCCGACCUGACUCGUACCAAUACUUCGGCAUUUUCCCGGUCAGCGACACCACCGACACCAGGCCGCAGGCGAUACACCAGGUCACGACCGACAGCGGCGAGGCCACCAUCAACGGGCCGUACACUGUCGACACCUACACGGUGAGGUAUAUUGCGAUGGCCGCAAUGGGCAUGAGGACGGUGUACCGGUGCCCGACCGUCAUCACUGUGCAGACUGCCCCUCCGGUGAUGCCGGCCUUCCCCAUGGGCAUGAUGAACCCCUACAUGAUGAUGAACCCCAUGGCCAUGAACCCCUACAUGCAGCAAGCCAUGGCCAUGAACCCCUACAUGGCUGCCGCAGCUGGCGCCCCCACGGCGGUGGCGGCGCCGACGGGUGAAGGACAGCAGGCCACCGCUGCUGCCGCCAUGCCCGCGAUGCCAGCCAUGCAAGCAAUGCAGGCGAUGCAGGCGACGGCGGCCACGCAGAGCUCUGGAUCUGGCGACGCUGCGACGAACCCGUACCUCCAGGCCAUGCAGGCCAUGCAGGCCAUGAAUCCGCAGAUGAUGAGUAUGAUGAUGAUGAACCCGAUGAUGAUGAACCCCAUGGCCAUGAACCCCUACGCCGCCGGUGCCACUGCCACGACGCCCCAACCGCAACAACAGCCAACUGUGUUCAUGAACCCGCAGACGGUGGUAUUCGGCGGUCAGGCCCCGGUCGUGCUCGGCCAGCAGCCCGCAGCCCAGAGCACACCACCGACGCAAGGCGAUCCGUCGACGGUUCCUCCCGGCUCCGGCCAGUGA